AUGGAUAGAGGAAGAACGAUAUCGAGGGAGGGUAUAACCCUGUCUGCUAGAGGAACAGCAACGACACCAUCAUCAUCACCCUCAACCAUGCAAACGAAAUGGUCAGGAAAAGCGACUCGGUACAAAACUUUUGGCCAAUUCACAUUAGAUACAAUCAUUACCGGUCAUCUCACACUGGAGCAACUUGAUGCGUACCAGCAGCUUUUUCGAAUAGAAGAGAUAUCGCAUUAUUUGCGUGUGUCACGUCAACAAAGAAAGCCGAUUGUCGAUUUAUUACCAUCAACGCAUGUGGCGGAUACCAAUACGUUGGCCUACGCUAGAGAACCAUCUCCACCACCGAAAUAUGACAACCAGGGUAAUAGAGUCAACACACGCGAACAACGUAUUCGCGAUGCGAUGGAGAAGGAGAGACACGAGUUAGUGGAGGCUGCAGCAGGUAAUAUCAAGAGUUUUACUGCACCAUCCGACUAUAGGAAACCUACAAAGACAUAUGAGAAACUAUACAUCCCAGUUAAAGACUACCCUGAGAUCAACUUUGUGGGUUUCUUAAUUGGUCCAAGAGGAAGAACUUUAAACAGAUUACAAGAGGAAUCCGGAGCUCGUCUACAAAUUCGUGGUAAAGGUUCAGUAAAGGAAGGUAAAUCUACACAGGCUACAAUUGAAGACAAAUCCUCUAGUGGAGCAGACUCGGUAGAAGACGAUUUACAUGUGUUGAUUACAGCUGAUGCGCAACAUAAAAUAGCCAAAGCAGUACAAUUGGCAAAUGAAGUUAUUGAAAAGUUGAUAACAUCCCCCGAGGGUCAAAAUGAAUUGAAAAGAGAACAAUUAAAGGAAUUGGCUGUAUUGAAUGGUACUUUAAGGGAAACAAAGCCAUUUGAUCCCGAAGCAUACCAAAGGAGGCAACAACGAGCAUUUGAUAUCACCAGAGUCGUGUGUAAAAGGUGUGGAAAAAUCGGUCAUUAUGCAAGAGAUUGUAAUCAAUCUCCAAUGCAAGGACAAGCUCACACACAAAACUACCAAAACUCCAUGGCUCCGAGAGGGAUUGAUAGCUACACACCAGAAUCAAGAUUUGGUGCACCUACAUCGGAACCAGCAUGGAAAAGACAAAGAACAGACCAGCCACCACCACCAUGGAAAACACAACCACAACCACAAACACAAACACAAACACAUGUCCAAGCUCAAAAUUCUGCAUCAUCGAGUCACCACUUACCGCCACUACCAAUGGUACAAGGUCAGAGUCAUGAUUCAAGACAAAUGUCAUCACAUGCAUCACAUGCAACUCCGCCACCACCAGUGCCACCGUCAAAACCAGCACCACCAUCAUUGCAAAAGACAGUUCCUUCGGUAGCUCUGCGAUCAUAUCCUCAUUCUCAUCCACAUUCAUCUCCACCACCACCAACACUGGCCGUACCCGGUACUGGACUAAGGCCACCGGCUCCUCCACCAUCGGUACCACUGGUACCAAAACUAUCGCACCUACCACCUUCACGUCCUCCUCUUCCUCCUCCUCCUCCCACUUCUGUCGAACUGCAAUCGAGCAACAAACCGAAACCACCACCUGCCCCGCCCAAAGUAGCCCCACCACCACCAUCUACAAAGCCACCACAACCACCACCACCACAGCCACCACAACAACAUAAAAAGUAA